AUGACGGACGCGCUUGCGAAGCCAAUCCGGGUGUGCGUGCUGGCCUGCUCCUACGAGGGCUCUGACAGCGAACUGAAGGCAUACGAAGGAGAUCUGAUCCAGACGCCGCAGAACUAUUUCUGCUCCAAGGAUGCGCAGUGUACAUUCCACCUCGAGCUGAUCAAGAAGGCAACCGCGUACCGCCAGAUACGGCAGCUUGUCAUGUCCGGCAAGUUCGACGUCUUCUACAACCAGUGCGAUGGCGCUAAGGACGAGGACCGCGCCGGUGUUGAGGUGGUGGAGGCGCUGGAGGAGUUUAAGGUACCGCACACCGGGGCCAUAUCCAAGUACUACGAGAUGUCGAAGCCGGAUAUGAAGCUGGUGGCGUACUAUUACAACAUCGCAACCGCCAACUACGCCGUGCUGGAGCUAGGCGAUGACAUAGAGAGUCUGUGUGGUAAACUUCAGUUCCCUUGCAUCGUCAAGCACAUCUCUGGCUACAGCAGUGUCGGGAUGGACAAGAGCUGCAAGGUGUACGACAUGGCGCGGUUGGUGGACCGGGCGACACGCUUCAUGGCAGAAUACCAGUUUGCGCUGGUCGAGGAGUUUGUCAGCGGCGACGAGGCGACGAUUCUCGCCUGCAACGACUCUACCCAGCCGGAGGGGGUGCGGGUGUUCCCGCCCGUGCAGGUCACCUUCCCUGAGGGCGAGGACUUCAAGCACUUUCAGCUCAAGUGGGCUUCGUACGAGGGGAUGAAGUGGACGCAGGUGCCCCAGGAGGAUCCGGCGAUGCAGGACAUGAUCGACAUCGCCCGCUCCGCCUUCAAGCGCAUGAUGGGCGGCAUCGGGUACGGCCGCAUCGACGUCCGCAUUGACCGCCAGAACCACAACAAAGUUGUCUUUCUGGAGAUCAACCCCAACUGCGGCAUCAUGUACCCGUACGGCCAGGAGGGGUCGGCGGACUGGAUCUUGCGACUCAACAAGGGCUUUCAGCAGCGCGAGUUUGCCAUGCUGCAGAUCCGUGAGGCGAUUGCGCGCUGUCAACGGGAGCGGCUCUUGUACGUCCGUCGCUUCGACCCGGUGCGCGGCUACCACCUGCGUGCGGCGGAGGACAUCAGCAUUGGCACGAUCAUCUUCCAAGACGAGUGCCGUCCCGUGCGGCUGUGCACCAAGCCGUACGCGCUAGAGCACUUUUCAAAGGCGGACUACGUAGACUUCCAGCACAACGCCUGGCCGAUCGGGCGCGACGGGCACUACUACGCGCUGUGGGACCACGACCCAGCCCAGUGGCGUGCCUUCAACCACUCCUGCGAGCCCAACAUGUCCUUUGCGGCGAUGCGGUCGCUGGACGUCGUGGCGCUGCGCAAUAUUCCCAAAGGCGAGGAGCUGACAAUGGACUACCGACAGUUCAUGGACGCUACCAUGCCUGGGUUCCACUGUAACUGCGGCACCGAGAAGUGUGAAGGGUUCGUGUCACCAGGCUCCCUCGCUGACUCGCCAACGACGAAGAUUGCGAACCAGCACACGGUGGCACUGCACCACGCUAUAGCCAUGAAGCUGAACCCCAUCUAG